AUGCUCCGAUUGGAAAUUCCUUCAUUAAUAUUAUUGUUUAAUGGGUUAAGUGGUAGUGACAAUCUUUUCACGCGACAGGCUUUGGCAGUUCAAGAAUUUCCUACCGAAGCAUGCUUCAAGAAUUGUGUAUUGGACCUCGAUUGUCUUGGAAUUGCAACCAACGAUACCUCAACUUGUAUUAUCAUCUCGGAUUCAAUGACCCUCGCCCAAAAUACGAAUUUUGAACUGACCCGAAAUGCCGAUUUGUCGGCGAUGGAUAUUUCUGCCUGCACCGUUUACAAUGCAGCUGAUACAUCCACUACAGUGCAAACUACAACUACAGCAACAAGACUCCCCUGGGAUCCUGUUUUUAAUAUCAGCAGCAAAUACUAUUACAUCAGCUCGCCAACUUGCGCUUACAUUUCUGUGGAGAAUAUUUUCGCCAAACUAGAUUGUGGCGGCUACAUCUUUAUCGGGACACAGACCGCAGCUGAUCGCACCAUUACAUGGAGUGACGGUACCCCAUACAACUACACAAAUUGGAGCGGGGGCAGUCCGUCGUACGUCAAUGGCUAUGGAGAUCCGGAAGAUUGUGGCACG